AUGGCUCUAAGCCUCCACAAGCACUCCUUCCGCUGGGUUCUAGCUAUUGGCAUCCUUGCUCUACUGCUGUCUCCGUUUGUUGUGACCCAGGAUAGCCUCUCAACGGGCUCAAAGAGCCUCAAAUCCCGUGCAGUCUCUCCCAUCUCGUCAGAGAUCGUGAAUCCGAUCGCAAAGGUUGGGAUUCGUUUUGGAAUUCCCGAUGGAAAUCUCACGCUUUCCGCCCAUGUUUUGGAAAAGCGAGACUACUGGGAUGAUUCCGUCGCAAAUGGUCGCAAAAAGCUCGACUUGUUGGAUGGGCAAACAAAACAAACUCCACUGAAUAAACUCGACGAUCUUGAAGCUAAUGGAUGGUCCUAUGGAUCAGAUCCCCUCAGUCAAUUGUUGUUUGGUGAUGCACCAUGGACGUCAAUCUUCAGUGAAUUGGGAGUGGACGGCGACGAGAUGGCCGACAUUGUAAACAAGCAGAAUCAACCAUUCUCCAAUUGCCAAUUCGAGAACAUUCCAGCGACGAAUGGGGAAUACAUAAAUAGGUACAGCUUCGACGGUCGAAUGAUACUAGCGAACUCCAAUUUCGCCCCCCACGCUGUGACGAAGGAUCAUGCAGCGAAUAGUGCUAUCCCCGAUGUACCGUACUAUCAGCGAAUGCCCCUUGUGGAAAAAUGGUCGUCCAUUGUGGGAAUUGUGGCCACUCAUAUUGCUGAGGCCAAUACCAAGAACCUCAAAUACGUCGUAAGGGCUGGAAUUCUCACGGAUGCCACCCAGGACAUCAUAAAUGGGGCAGCUAAGAGACAUGACCGCGGCCAAAAUCCUAGAUGGCUCAACACGGAUUGGCCGGGUAUCGACUUUUCUAGAAACGAUGAGGCCUAUUUCGCUUUGACAGGGACCGCCCAUGGCGUUGGCGUUGUUUACCUUUUGAAAGACCAUCCAGAUCAAUUCGGUGACAAACGAGUGGACUCAAUCAAGAUCUGGAAAAAUUACAGCGCAAAGGAAAGCCCAAGUGACGAGAGAAAUACAGGCGAGUAUGAAAUGAUGUUCACCCUCACAAACUAA